UCGAAUGCACAACGUUACCUAAAGCUAAUGAUAUCAAAACUAAAUGCUUAUAUAGACCACCUUAGUUUGUUGGAAAGACCGAACUGAGACAGUAUUAAAAGAAACCCAUAAAAAGUUGUUGGUAUUCUAUCUACCUGUCGACCUAAACGACUUCCUUUGGAUAAAUCUUAUCAAAGCACUGCAGAGGACUGUUUGUCGAGAGUGAUAGUGACACGUGAUCUGAUAUUCUUUAGAAAUAAAAUCUGAUCGGCUCUUCGCCAAUAUCCGCUAUAUGACUUCACAGUGACUUCAUCACCAGUGAUCGACACUACAGUUAUUGAGUCUGAUAGUUGGAGGAUCAACAUAGCAAUUGGCGUGACAGUCUAUAUAUAUAUUACCUACUUCCAUUUCAAAUGUCGCUUGACGUAAUGUGAUUGGAAAAAUUUAUAAAAGAUCAUCUACAUAUAAUAACUUCACAAGUCUGUACUCGGAAACCUGUGAGCGCACAGUAUACGGAGUAUUCAUAAACAAGCAGCGCGCGUUAUGCGUCUUCUGUAAGCCGUCAAGGUUCAAUUAAUGGUAUUAUUGUCAAUUGUGGAUUUAAAGCAAAGAAAAACAAUAUUAUGGCAUUCUAUGAUGAAGCACCAAAGUUCAUCUUCAUCAUUUUGGCUUCCACCGUGAUCAUGGCUAAUGCCGAUGCAAAUGCCACGGGAAACACGUCGUUUAAUUGCUCUACUGCUGGUCGUAGAGUUAAAGUUCAUGUUCAACUGAUCAACUUGGGUACUCGAAAGCUUAUUAGGAUAAAAAACAAAAAACUCGUACCUGUCAGUUUAGGCAAUGAUCGUCAUACGUUUUUCAUAAUGACGAGAUAUGGCAAGAAUGUCGUCUCUUUACAAAGCUACCAUACACAGGAAUACGUUUGUUUUGAUAAAAAAGGAGUUCUGGAAGUCAAAACUGUGUCAAACUUUGAGAAAUCCUUUGGAUGUCAUUUUUAUAAAAAUUUAAUUAAUACGACCCGUUUUUUCUCUUGCCUCAAUCAGCAGUGGAAAAUAGCUUUUCAUAAAAAACUCGGGACUUCAAUAAAAGGAAACAAAAGUUCAAAAACUCUAACUGAAUCAACAUUUUUCGUUGUUUUUCGAACUCCACCGUCCAAAAGGAAGGCGGGUUAACGAUGUAUCUAUCGUGCAUGAGGAAUAUUUAAAUGUGAUAUAAUUUAUUUAUUUAAGGAGUAAAAUAAUUAAAGUAUUUAUAUCUUCAAAAAUAUGGGCGAUCAGCGAAUCGUCAAGUGAAGAAGAAUAUAGUCGAAGAGAAGACUUAUAGACGACAAAGCAUUUAAACUUGUGUGCAAAGAUGAAAGACACAGUACAACUAAGUUUUAUAAAUUCAUGUGGAUUUUUUUAUCUUGACAAAAUAUGCCGCAUUAUUUUUCUCCUUUUUUACGGCAUUUUUUGCUCUGCCACAUAAAAUGAAGAUUUAAAUUUGACAAUAUUAUUAAAAGUUAUAACGACUUGCUCA